UGUUCAUGAACUCCUACCAUGUAGUUUAUCUAGCCCCCUGCAGCCGCCAUUGGCUUUCAUUUUCCUACUGUACCACGCUCCAAGCCUUGUUCAUGAGGUGUCAUCCGUCUUACUCCCUGCAUUAAGCCUGUACACCUGAUACCGUCGAUCGCAAAAGACUUCCGCCCUACGUCUCCUUGUCUGCGCGCUGUUUCGUAUUCGUUUCUGCUGAUCGGCCGCUGCACGAGCCAGCCUUACCAGCCCGCGGUCAGUACUCCGUCUUUUGCUAUAGGAUCCACCUCAAACGUCCAGCACUCACCCCCCUUCCUGUCUGUGUCAGCUUUCUGCAUGUGUCAGAUUUCGUCUAUCUAUAUAACUAUUGGGGUGCUGGCUCUCCGGUUCCUUGGAUCCAUGUGAACCGACGAAUUUCUCCUAUUGCUUUUGUCCCUGCCCGCAGCAUGUCUUCGGCCGUUCAACCACCUAAUGGCUCCCCUUUACUACGGCCCCGUGCCGUUCCGGGGUCGAAGAAUCUAGACGAUUUGACGGCAAUUUCCCCCUUGGAGAAAGCUGAUUCGAGUGGCUGCUCAACCCCGGUCCCCGACGAUGCUCCCCCCUCCGCGCAUUCAAUCUCCACGGCAAGAAAGCAAGCACGAGCCCGGACUCGAAUAUUUUAUACAAUAGAUUAUGUUCCUCGAGUAUCCCAUUUUGACCCGCGCAGCGAGUACCGCGACUUCCGCGGCUUCUAUACCCUAUUUUGGAUUGCAUUGUUUAUCAUGGUCGUUACUACGAUGCUUCGGAAUAUCAAGGAUACUGGCUAUCCCCUGAGGAUCAGAGUAUGGAGCCUGUUGUCAGAAAAUGUGUGGUCCAUGGGGUUCAGUGACGUGGCCAUGGUGGUCAGUAGCGCAGUGGUCCUGCCGCUCCACCAUCUCAUACGAAAAAGCGGUAGCUUGAUGCGUUGGGGAAGAGGUGGCAUGGUCGUGCAAAGCAUCUUCGAGGCAGGCUGGGCCAUUCUAUGGAUCAAUUGGCCGUUUAUGAUGCGCUGGACCUGGACGGCCCAGGUCUUCUUCACCCUUCAUACUCUAACCAUUCUGAUGAAGGUGCACUCCUAUGCGUUCUACAAUGGUCAUCUGAGCGAGACGCAGCGUCGACUAGCGUCGCUCGACAAGCCAGGGAAAGUCUCAUUGGAAGCGCCAAUCCCCUACCCAGAUGCAUCCCCCCGUCGACGCUCGGUUGCCCGGCGUGCGAGCCACCAUGCGCGCUCCGAGUCGAUCGCUGAAUUGCGCGAGGACUUGGCCACAGAGCUCACCUCUCCUAUGGGAAACGUCACCUAUCCUCAGAAUCUUACCGUUGUUAAUUAUGUCGACUUUGUAUUCUGCCCCACUCUCUGCUACGAGUUGGAAUAUCCUCGGAGCAAGGAAAGACGGUGGAUCGAAAUCGGCUUGAAGACUUUGGCUAUCUUCGGAUGCAUUUUCCUAUUGACAUUGACAAGCGAAGAGUUUAUCCUCCCUGUCCUGACAGAGGCCAACAUCCAAUUGCACAAGGUGUCAAGCGCGGCCGAAAAAGCCCUGAUUCUCGCGGAGACCAUCAGCAUGCUUCUGUUCCCCUUCAUGGUCACGUUUCUUCUUGUGUUCCUGGUGAUCUUCGAAUAUGUUUUGGGCGCCUUCGCGGAACUAACUUGUUUCGCUGAUCGUCACUUUUACUCAGACUGGUGGAAUUCAUGCGACUGGCUCGAGUUCUCCCGCGAAUGGAACAUCCCAGUUCACCACUUCCUCCGCCGCCAUGUAUACUUUCCCUCGCUAUCAAACUUCUCUAAGCCGGUCGCCAUGUUUAUCACUUUCCUCGUCAGCGCCAUUGCCCACGAAUUAGUCAUGAGCUGCAUAACCAAGAAGCUCCGCGGCUACGGAUUCUUAGCGAUGAUGCUCCAGCUACCCAUCGUUGCGGUACAAAAGUCCAAAUACGUCCGAGGAAAGACAACACUAAACAACCUCUUCUUCUGGCUAUCUAUGAUUUUCGGAUUAUCACUGAUGUGUGCGCUUUACGUCCUCGUCUAGACACACGAAGCCAAAAAUCCCUAUUAGCAGCUGGCUACAAAUCUCCCCGCGACCUACCUGGCACCACCACCAUCUUAUUUCGAGUCUGUAACAUACCAUAUUCGACGUACAUUAUCUUUUGAGCUUGUCUUAUCAUUUCGCUUUACAUAUAUACUACCAUACCCAUAUACAUGCAUGUUUACAUUCUAUAUACCCUGCUUGUUGGUUUGGCAUUGUAUAUCAUCAGUCGGGUUUAUUGCAUAUUUCAUCUUAUGUUUCUGUUUUAAGACAGUUUCUUUUUGCGUUAAG